UGCAGCUCCACACUAUAAAAAGAAAGGAACUCAUUCAGACCUUCACAUUCAAGGAGCAGCAGUGAAAGGAGGCUGAAGCUCAAACAACUGAGACACAGUGUCCUACAUCAGACACAUUUCAACCAGAAGGAUGCUUUGCGUGUACAUUUUCCUGUUGCUGACUCUGAGCAGAGUGGGGCUGGGAUCCCUGACGGAUAAACAGACUGACUUUGGCCUGAAAGUCUUCUCACAGCUGGCCCAGAACUCUGUGGACAAGAACGUGGUCUUGUCACCAUAUGGCAUGGCCUCUGUCCUGGUGAUGGCUCAGCUCGGUGCUGCUGGAAACACUCGCAGGGCGUUAACUACUGCUAUGGGCUUUUCUCUGCAAGAGCGUGGGAUGUCCCGACAGCAGCGUCUCCUGCAGCGGGAUGUGUCUAUCGAGGAGGGGGUGGAGACAGCCAGUGGUGUUAUGGUGGAGAGAAAAAUGAGCCUGGAGAAGGGAUACCGCCGAGCCCUGGCCAAGGCCUUCCAGUCCCAGCCUCACCAGGUCGACUUUACCAAGCCAGAGCAGGCAGUUAACAUCAUCAACUCAUGGGUCUCAGACCACACUGGAGGUGCCAUCCCUGAGUUCUUGGCAUCUGGAUCUCUGACUGAUGAGACGCGCCUGGUCCUCCUGAAUGCUCUCCACUUCCAGGGUCUCUGGAAGGUUCCCUUUGACCCCAAACUGACACAGGAGAGGAUGUUCCGCUGUGCCAAUGGAAGCACCGUGCCUGUGCACAUGAUGAGACUCACCAACCGCUUCAACUAUGGCGAGUUUGUGACCGCUGAUGGGGUGGAUUAUGAUGUCAUUGAGGUCCCGUACGAGGGUGACUCGCUGAGCAUGCUCCUGGUGUCACCCAUUGAGCCUGAAGUGUCACUGAACAUGCUCUCUGUGGAUUUGAACAGCCAGAAGAUUCGGCAGUGGAGAUCACAGAUGAGGAAUGUUAAGAGACAGCUGGCCAUGCCCAGGUUUACUCUGAACUCUGAGGUUGAUUUUAAGACUACCCUGCUCAACAUGGGUCUGGGAGACAUGUUCAACCUGGCUACUGCUGACUUCACACGCAUUACCACUGAUGAGAGGCUGUGUGUGUCCAGAGUUCUGCAGAAAGUGAAGAUCGAGGUGAAUGAGCAAGGAACCAAGGGAGCAGCAGCAACAGCUGCCGUGAUGUUUUCUCGUAUGGCAGUGGAACAGAUUACUCUGGACAGACCCUUCCUUUUCCUCAUCCAGCACAAACACACAGAUGCUGUUCUGUUCAUGGGUCAGUUCAACCAGCCUCAACAACAAUAACCCGCUCUGAAGACUUGCCUUCAUUCCACUGUGUCUGACUACUGCUGCUCACGAUGACCAUACACCACACCUACAGACUUCAUAGGACUUCUUUUGACUCUCUAGACUAAUUCACUGAAAAUUUUACUUAUAAUGUACUUUAAUACACAGAGACUGGGGCAAAGCAACACACAGAUUUAACAUGACAGGCAUCAGAAACAUGAUCAACUGAGAUAAGACUUUGAAAAGAGUUGCGUAUAUGUUUGCUGUUAAUUUAUUUGUCUGAAUGUUUGUGGUUGAUAAGACAGAAUGAUGAAGGAAAUUUAAGUACAUAAGUAGUUACUGUCGUCUGAUACCAAGAGAUGUAUUGCACAGAAGAGAUGUAUUUUUUACCCAUGUUACCGUGUUAAUUGUCUAUUUUUGUUAUUGCUAUAUUGUUACCAAGUUACAUUUGUAUUUUGGAGUAUUUAUAUUUAUUAAAAUACUAUGUUUUUACAAAG